AGAGCCAGCCCACGACAUCGGAUGAGACCGUGGUGGCCGGUGGUACCGUGGUCCUCAAGUGCCAAGUGGAGGAUCCCGACGACUCCUCGCUGCAAUGGUCCAAUCCUGCCCAGCAGACCCUCUACUUCGGGGAGAAACGAGCCCUGCGGGAUAACAGGAUCCAGCUGGAGAAAUCCACCCCCAACGAGCUGACCAUCAGCAUCAGCGAUGUGGUGCUGUCAGAUGAGGGGGAAUACACAUGCUCCAUCUUCACCAUGCCCGUGCGGACCGCCAAGGCCCUGGUCACCGUGCUGGGCUCCUCGGGCAGCAAGCCCGCGGCACAGCUCCGCUGGAGGAAGGGCAACAAGGAGCUCAAAGACGAAGGCACCGAGGUGGUGGAGGACCCCAAUGGCAAGACCUUCACCGUGAGCAGCCGUGUUGAGUUCCAGGUCACCAAGGAGGACAACGAGGCCGAGGUGACCUGCACCGUGGACCACGAGUCGCUGCAGAACUCCGAGAGGUCCACCACGCAGAAGCUGCAGGUUCACUGUACCCCCGGGUCUGCCCUCCCGCAGCCCAGGGGCCGGUUCCUCACCCUGAUCCCACCCCGCAGCCCCCAGGAAUUCCUGUGGGAGAAGGAGGGCAGCGACGCGCCGCUGCAGCUGAGCUCCGAGAGCGUCCUCAUCUUCCCCUUCCUCAACAAGAGCGACAGCGGCACCUACGUCUGCACGGCCACCA